CACAACUCGACGCAUUGCGUCAGAAAAAAACACAUGGGGGACCGAGGCGGCAACCCAGGCGGUGGCUCUGUCGCGCCGGUCGCAGCCAAGACGCGCAAACGUCGCGCGUACUUGUACAUUUUCAACAGCAUUGCGGCCAUUGCGUCCGUGCUGUGCGUGUAUGUUGUCAACACGGUCGGGACGAUUCGCACGAUUCAAAUCCUCGUGGGCGCAGACACGGCCUCGUCGACGCGGGCCACCAACGGCCACCACGACGGAUACAAGUCGUAUUACGCGCCGUAUUUGCUUCGCGAGAUCGCGGCGACCCCCGCGACCGUCCAAGCCCGCAUCGAUGCGGUGCUCGCGAGCGGCAAGAAAGUCGGCUACUUGGAGAUGGAUCCGGUCGACGCGGCGGGAUCUGGCAGCUUGGCGACGUCGUUUCGCCAGGACAACUGCUCCAUCACAUUCAACGAAACGACGGACCGCAUCUACAAAGAAAUGUACCUGGCCAAGACGCUCGUGCCCAUGCUUCUCGCGGGCUCGAAUUCGUCGCUGUCGCUUGCCGACAACGCGGCCAUGAUCAUCGUGGAUUGCUCGUACGAGGGUCGAGCAAAGCUCGACACGACCAACAUCAAGCUGCAUGUCGUGGACCGCCAGCUUCAAUGGUUUGCCACGUAUCAAUUGCAAACGAUCAUGGCCAACAUCCCGGCGCGCCGCGACACGAUGCCGACGGGGACGGCCAGCUACACCAACUUGACGUUGUCGAGUUUGGUGCUUGAGCCUGGAGAGCAACCUGAUCGCGGCAGGGAUGCCCUGGCCAAGGUAUCGUCGACGGAGGUCCCGGCUGUCCACCGGCUCGUGUCAUCGAGAGGGUUUCCGUUUAACGCGGCGCCGUUUGAUCCGGUCGUAAUCCACUCGACCACAGACACGGGCGCUUGGAACACGAGCGUCGUUGCGACCGGCCUUCAAAUGGUGCUCCAAGGAUUUGGCGGGAUGUAUCGCGGGUCCCAGAAUGAACAGGCCAACUACAAAACGUUCGUGUGGGUGCUCGACCCGGACCCGAUCCAAGUCGUGCACACGUUUGAGUUUGUCGAAGUCGGGCGGACGAAAAACUCAUGGGCGUGGGGCCAGGCGCUUAUUUCCGGGUUCCUCUCGUUCGGCGUCCUCACGAGCACGAUCAUGGCGUGCAUCAUCUCGCGCAACAUCUUCAAAGCGACCCAAGUGCGAUGGAUUCCCGAUAUUUCGCCGUCCGUCCAGUCAGGCAUCCUGUUUCGAGGCAUCUUGACUGUGGUGGCAUGGUGGAUCGACGGGUGGUGGGCUGUCCAGGAGUGGUGCUUCCAGCAGGGCAACGUGCGCAAGGGCUUGCUCGACAUGUAUGUGCUCACGGAUAGCGUCAAAUCGGACUGCCUCAGCUUGUUUCUCGCCGGCGCGUCGUUCAUUGCGUCCCGCCUUCACUUGCGCAUCAACCCGGCCGUCCCGGUCGUGAUAUACUUGAUCGUGUACUCGCAGCGCGCGGCGAUCGUGGCCGCCAUGGGCAUUCUGUCCUCCCGCGCGGACGUCGAGCUCGACGCCAACGAAGCGCUCAACGUUGUGCUGUCGGAAACGGCGGGCCUCGACAUGUGGAUGUGGCACGAGAAGAAGGAUUUCAAUGCGACGGUCGUGUUCAACGAACUCUCGUGGAUGAUGUUGGCGCUCGUCUUGAUGCUGGCGUACGCCAUCGCAGACAAACUGUACACGGUCUACUUUACAGAUCACGUCACGGAAGCCAAAACGACAAGGAAGACGGCGGGCGGCACCGCAACAAACCCGACAACGGCGGGCGUCGCGUCGCAGGGCGGUAGCAGCGGGACCCACGAUCGAGCGACGUGCUUUGAAACGAGCACGGGGGAAUACUUGCGGCACAAGUACGGGCUCAUGUCGUAUCAUGAAAACUACCUGUUUAUCAAAGGCCUCAAGUACGCGUCGCCGUCCGGCAUUUGGACGUCGGGGUGGGUCGUUGUCGACGACAAGUUUUUGUUUCGCACGGACGACAUCAUGAAGGUGUGCGCGAAUAUCGUGCUGCGCCACGAUAUUUUCCGCGCGCAUUGCCACGUCAUUGCAGACAACCAAGUCGACAAGACUGUCAUCCGCGUGUUCCGCAAAGACAUUACGCUCGCGCAGCUCUUCAACCUGUCGCUGCGGCCAUUGGCAUAGUUCGCCAUGGACGGUUCUCCUACGAUCGCAAGUCGAGUGCAUGCCACUGGAUGAUGAUGGCGGCGCCGAGGCCGCAUCUCGCAGCCAUCGACGCCCAAAUCGACACACCUACCAUUUUCAAUCGUGUGUUUCACUCUC